GGCGGGCACGCGCGCGGCGCUAACCGGGCGGGGGCGCGCGCGCGCGGAGGCGGCGGCGGCGGGGGCGCGCGCGCGCGCGGCAACGGCUUCACUUCUCGUCGGGCAGCGGGGGCAGGAGCGGCGGCGGCGGGAGGAGCAGCAGCAGCAGCGGCCGCCGCUGCUGCUCGGGAGAGAGCGGAGAGAAAGGCGAGGGCGAGGAGCGCGGGCGAGCGGGCUCAUGACUCAGUGAGCGGCUGCAGCCCCUUCCCAGCCCCGCGCCCGGCCGGAGUCGGGGCGACCGCGUCGGAUUGUCCCGCAGCCCGUGAGCCUGUGCCCGGCGCCAGCGAGGGAGGGAGCGAGAGAGACCUGCGCUCGCCUGCAGGUAGCAGCGGUCCCCCCCGCCCGCCCCGUCCCUCCCGAGUGCAGCAUCUGCCAUGUCUACAGAGGGGCAGAGAGUUGAUGAUAGUCCAAGCACUAGUGGAGGCAGCUCUGAUGGAGAUCAGCGUGAAGGUGUUCAGCAGGAACAAGAAAGGGAGCAAGUUCAACCCAAGAAAAAAGAGGGCAAAAUAUCAAGCAAAACAGCUGCUAAACUGUCAACUAGUGCUAAAAGAAUUCAGAAAGAACUUGCAGAAAUUACAUUAGACCCUCCUCCAAACUGUAGUGCUGGACCCAAAGGAGACAACAUUUAUGAAUGGAGGUCAACUAUACUGGGGCCUCCAGGGUCUGUAUAUGAAGGUGGAGUUUUCUUCCUUGACAUUACCUUUUCACCGGACUAUCCUUUUAAACCACCUAAGGUAACGUUUCGGACAAGAAUCUACCACUGUAACAUUAACAGCCAAGGCGUCAUCUGCCUGGACAUUUUAAAAGACAACUGGAGUCCAGCAUUAACCAUUUCUAAAGUUCUCCUCUCCAUCUGCUCCCUCCUCACAGACUGCAACCCAGCUGACCCCCUGGUUGGAAGUAUUGCCACUCAGUAUAUGACUAACAGAGCAGAGCACGACAGAAUGGCCAGACAGUGGACCAAGCGAUAUGCCACAUAGGAACCUACUCUAGGAUUUGCUGGACCUGUGCAAGCACAUUCACUAAGUGCAUCAAUAGCCCUUCCCUUCAUUCUUAUUUUUUAUUAAAUUUUGAACCAUUUUGUGACAAAAGGUUGUCCUUACUUUCUUUUUUUGUUUUAUUUUUAUUUGUUUCGGGGUUUUUUGUUCUGUUAACUUGAAAGUUGUUUCCCUCAAAUGUAGACAGGGAAUUUUGGUUAUCAGUGCAAAGAAUGUUGGAUCUGUAAUAGUAUAGAGCUUUGUCACAAAGCUUUGUAUUAAUGUGUGGGUUUUUUGGUUUUUUUUUUUCAUGUGGUUUUGGGGAAAAUAAACAAAUUCAGAAUUAUAUCUCGUUUCUACUUAAAUGUAGUGUUUAGGGUUAUUUUUUUGUACUGAAGUCUUUAAUAGUGGGUGCAUGCUACUGGGAACAAGUUUUGUAUAAAAGCUUAAAAUCAAGAAUCACUGUGCAUUACUAAGACUGUGUUUAUCACUAGCCUUCUGUUUCCCACACAAAAGGCUAUUGCGUUGAACAAAUUAAUAUGUAUUUUGAUUUACUUAAAAAAAAAAAAAGUGCUUGUAAAUUUCUUAGGGACCUGCCACUUUUGACUGUGGAUCAGUUGAUGUACACUUGUAUUAUUAAAGCACUCAAUAAAACACUGUGGCUGAUAAAUGCA